GCCUAAGCGCAUACAACAAUAACAAAAGGAGCAGUCGGGGGAAACCAAGAAGAUACAACAGCCGAUGUCAAGUUCCUAACCUUACGCCUUUUUUUCUACUUUAUUUCUUCUACGAAGAAAGCGUGGAGUUUUUCGUUUUUAGAAAAAGACACACAUCUACCUCGCGAUCAAGAAGGAAUUUUCGCUUUUUUAUUGACGUCGUCGGCUGAGCUGCAGGUCUCUGAGUCAUUGUCCCCCCCCCCGCAUCUACAUUAUACGUCUAACCAUGUGCGGCCCCCUGGCUCUCCGAUGAGUUGCGACCACUCGAUGCACUUUAGCGCCCCGGCCGAGCGCCUGCCCGCCCGUAGCUGAUGACCGAAGCGCCUCUCGGCCCUUCCCCGAACCGCGCCCACGCCCCAGCAGGAUGUUCCAGAGGUUCGCCAGCGCCUUGUUCGGCGACGACGUUGCCGCGCCCGAGCCAACCCGCCGCCUUCGCCACGAUAAGCAGCCCGAGGAAGAGGAGGAGGAGGAAGACUGGAUUCUGGUCAACUUUCUGGCUGAUAGCUGUUCAAGCCAGCGUGGCGGCGACAGCCUAUCCGCUUCCACCGUUGGCCGGGGCGAGGGGGAGGAGGAAGACGACGAGGACCUGGUGAUGAUCCCGUCCCCCAUGGCCAGCCCUCCCGUCCGCUACGCCUCCUGCACCUCCCUCAACUCCACGGCCGACACCGAUCCGGACGGCGGCGCCGAAGACGACGAGGGGGAGGAAGACGAGGACGGCGACUUCCUGCGUCUGGACGCCUCCUCCUUGGAGGAGAGCUGGUUCGUCACCCCGCCGCCGUGUUUCACCGGCCGCGGGAUCCAGUCCGUCCUGGUGGAGACCAGUCCUCUGGAGAACCUGCUGAUUGAACACCCAAGCAUGUCGGUCUACGCCCACCACAGCCCCCCCAGGCUCAACCAGAAGCCCAUGCAGCGCUCUCUGGACCUGACCGCCGCUCCCAAGGAGAAAGGCAGGCGGGCUCUGGACGCUUCACGUCACAGGCCAGACGUGUCAUCGGUCCAGCGCCGUGCAGGCUCGCAUCAGCCGGCAUGCUACGCGGCGGCGCUGUCCACCCGCGCCGGCCUGUUCCCGCAGCGUCCGGGCCUGGCCGGCCAGUCGCUCUUGUCCCGCAACGCGCUGCGCCGCCUCAACCUGUUGCACCCGCCCAAGGCCGGCCCCACCCACCUGCACCAGCCCAGCCAGCGCCACCUCAACUUCUGAGGGCGCCGCCUUCGCCUCGGCGUCACGCAACAAGCACCAGCAGCUCGUCCCAAGAUGAUAUUUUGACAACAGAGGCGUCCGAUUGGGUCAAAACGCGGCACGGAAAGCCGUUUUUGUUUGUCUUCUCCUUCCUUCAUGGACUCUUCUUCCUCACGUGUAGAAUCAGCGCUGUAGGUCACUUUACUCAGAGGCGGACUCACUUUAUUCACGAUGACAUCAUCACCCGACAACCUGUCACAAUACUUGAACGUCACAGUUGAGCGCCGGAAGGCAGAGUUCCAGUUACCGCAUUUUGGGCAAAAAGGUCUUGGCGAUUUGCCGACGCUGUUAUUUCCACCAUUCAAACUCCGAAUGUUAGCUUGUCGCUAAACAAUGUAGCAUAUUAAUUGUGGUAUGGACAGCCGAUGCGGCGACACAGAUUAUGAAAGGUGGCCCCGACAUUGUUACGUGGUGCCAGUCGUCAAAAUGUUUUACGUACAAAGCUCAGAUGGGAACUGGAACCCCGCUCGAAGGUGUUGAUCGUCCCUUCAACUCGAGUGUAAAUAGAGAACCGAACUGAUUGUUUUUAUCGUAAAAAGUCACUCCGUUGCAUCGAAAGGGGGAAAUUCACGUGUUGUCCUGCCUCUGACUUCUUUUCGGUCAUUUUCCCCAUCAACGUAACAGAGGAAGAAAAAAAAAGUUUUUAAAAAAAUGGGUUAGAUAUCACUAAGCUUGCCUUGUUUUCACUGUAGCUUUACAUUGAAUAGAAAUGUAAGAAAAAUGUAUUUAAAAAAAAAAAAAAGUCCAAAAUAUUUUUUUUUUGAAAAAACAAUUUAAAAACAGAUUACAUAUCAGUAUGGGAACGUUUGUGUGCGCGUGUGUGUAUUUGCGUCUGGUAGAGUUGUUGUUAGUAAGUGAAAACAGAGAAAAUGGAAAGAAAAAUGUUGUUUUUCUGAUUUUUUUUUUUUUUUUUAUUGUUCUUAAAUGAAUCUGCAGUCCAAUUCUCAGGGUCACAACCAAUCACUUUUUACUCGGAAAUGCAGAUUUACUUGAUGGCUGAUGAUUAUUAUUAUUUUUUUCUUGUGAGACAUUUAGUGUUGGUCCCUGGACUGUUGAUUGCGACAUGUUUUCUUAUUGUUUUUACGUAGAUACACUUUGUAAAACUAAACCAAAAAAUAGGUAGCGAGGAUCUGUAAUCUUUUAAGUAUGAUAUUAAGAUGAUGUUUGUAACUUUUGUUGUUUGACUUUUAACAUGAUGAGGAUGAAUAAUAAUAAUCACAUUUACGUUAUGGGAAAAAAAAUUACUCACUUUGUUCAUGGACUAAACGGUAUAUCUGUUUUGUAUUUUUACUUUUAAAUCAUUUUAGUGGAUGUCAUGAAAGAAGUGGGCAUAAAUUAGCUUCCUUACCAUGUACUCGUGUUAUUAUAUUUAGGAUGAUUACUUAACUAAAAAAAAAAAAAGUAACAGGCACAUUUGACAAAUGAUAACAAUCAGGACUUCUGUGUCAUUUUAAAGCACCAACGAAUGAAACCUGGGGACGUUUCUUUGGUGCCGUUGAAACUUUUUCAUCAUAGCUUGAAUGUCACAAAUCAUGUAAUUUUUUUUUUUUUUUUACAAUAUCUGUGACGCAAGGGAUCACAGGAUAUUUCGAUUGGUAUGUCUUGAAAGCUAACAGGGAUUUGUUGUGUUUUUUGUUUUUGCUAAUGUUCAAUGCCUUGAAAAAUUGCGCAUCACGUGCCUUCCAGGUUGAGGUGUUCUUAGGACAAUGCAUCAAUGAAGAACUUGGACUCUUGUUUUUCUGUCUUUUAUGUUUUGGAACAUUCUACAAGAAAACAUAAGACCCAAAUGGAUGUCAACUAUGCACCACGUUCUUUCACUCGCCCUUUUUUUUCUAGACUUGCAAGCAAGCAGACAGAAUCAUGUAGCAAAACCUCCAGUUUUUUUUAUUCUCAAGUGUGAAGAAUAUUAUGUGGCAUUUGUAUUUGUAUUUUUCUUUUUUUCACCAAGUGUUACACGUUUUUUUUCCUUGUGUAGUUUACUGGAAUAAUACCGCACUUUGCCAAAAGAAAAAAAAAAAAAAGAAAAAUUAACUUGGUGUAGGAUUUGUAGGGUUAACGUUUUUUCUUUUAUUUAUCGACAUAUUUCCUGUGUAUUUUGUAUAUGUACGACUGUUCACUUUUCUUGGAACUCUGAUGUUAUAUGGGGGUCGUCUGUUUUCAAACUGUAAUAGUUCCAAUGUUUGAUCGUUUAGAAGUUGCAAAAUAAAUGUUUUCAUACUCACA